CUUGUGAUUCUAUGAUUCUAUGAAUAGUGGGGUACAGUAUUGUUUACAAUGUAAUGCUAACAUUGUAGAUAAAAUCUAAAAGUUUUUAACAUGCAGCUCUCUAAGUAUGUGAGAGUAUCUCAGGUCGCUGAUCCCAUAAGCAUCCCAUUAACUGCUGACUUGACAGUUAUUCCUAAAGUUCCAGCACUGCCUUAUGAGUACCAUCAGAAAGAGUGUUUGUGAACAUAUUAGGAAAAGCCUUGUAACAAGUGGCCCUUGGAAGAAAGAGGAAUGAUAAUGUGUGCAUUUCUUAAUAUGCAUUAACAAAAAUCUGAGAAGAAGCACGCAAUUUUGCAUAUUAAAUGAUUAGUUUGGAGAAUAUUUGAGUAUGAGAUAGUAAGAUGCAUAAUAAGGAAGAAAAAACACUUUAAAAUAAAUUGCAUUAAUAGAGCUAACUUCGUGUUUCCAAUUCUAAGAAUUCCACUGCUGCUGCUGUGGUAAAUAAAACAUAAGUUACCAUUUUUACACUUUGUGAAGUACAUCCAGGAUGAUAAAAGCUUUUAUUGGUGUAGUAAAUAUUAGUUGCUGGCAUUUAGGAGUAUGUGAUGAUUCUGGUGGCUGUUUCACUGCAUGUUUAAUGCAGUGUCAGAGACUGGUAUUGGUCUUUUGAGUAGUGGAUGUUACUCAUGUGCAUUUUGACAAAGCUGUCCUGGAAGAAUAAUGUUCCAGCAGCUUGGUGGCUGCUCGCAGCAAGGUGGUUGUGAAUUCUGAGAGGGUAAGCUCAUGCUGAUGUGAGCAGGUGGGAGAUGGGGAGUUCUUCCAAUGGAACUUGUCAGAGAAAUACCAGAGGCUUCAGCUGGCUUGGUUAUCCUUGAUCAUCCAAAAGCUGCAGGCUGUGUUAGGGGGAAAAAUGGUGAUGUGUGGAGGGACUUUUCCAGCCCCUACUCCACGAGGGGUGUGUUUUAUAUUUGAGACGUAGGUCUGAAGAUGUGAGAAAUCAGGAAACAUUUCACCAAAAUCUGCUUGGCUCAGGAAACAAGCAACAAGGGAGGUGGCUUUUUGUUUUUCUUUUAAGCCCAGUUUCCUACGGAAAGUGAUUGAUGCUGUUUAUCCCGUUCUUUCCUUAGAUACUUGCCAAUAGCUUUUGAAGUCACAGACCAGUUGCAACCGUGAUUGCAGGAAGGACAGAGAUCUCAGACUGUCGCAUUCCUACAGUUUUGGGGAAGAGAAACAAACUGGGUGGAGAGAAACCUGUCAGUGCCCUUUCUUGAGAGAGAGACCACGCUGCAAGUUUGGCGCUGAUUUGCUUUUUAGCAUGUGCAGGAGGUCAUUGGGUGUAGGCUGGCUUGUUACUGCAGGGCAGGGGAGUGCUGAUGGAAGGUAAAACUAUGGGAACAGCUUUACUGUCUGUUAAUGAGUAUUUUGAUCAUUAACUGAGGAAUUACUGUUCUGAUCAGAAUUAGUUUGCUUACUUUGAAUUCCUGGACAAUUUUCUGCUCAGUAAUGCCAGAUACUCUUUUCAAGCCUCUGUGACAGAUGUAGUGUUUAUAAAUCUUGUAAGAUGCAGAAACUUCAAUUAUUACAAUAUGUCAGUUACAAAGUAGCAUAAUAGAUGUAAAAUAGUUAUGUGGCUUUGACUUGUGCUUAUUUUAAAGUAGUUUUCAUAGUAACAAGUAUUCUGAGGGAAACCAGCUUUUUCUCUGUGGGUAGAAAAGCAAGUAGCAGCAUGAAUCAGGGCUUCCAAGAGCUGUCAGUAGGAAUGCGUGUUUUCCCCCUAUUCACACACUUUCCUCACUGUCAAUUUUAAUGAGGUAAUAUGAUUUAAUAAAGCUUUUCUUGCCAUUCGCAGCAGCAGCAACAUUCAUUAUAUGUAAUCAAGCUGCUGUUGGCGAGUGUGUGGCUGAGGAUGAAAGUAGAGUGUGGAACUUGUGUGCUGCUUUCAAUGGUAGCUUGUUAUCAUCUCAGUAACCUUGCUUAAAAUACGUUUCCUUAUCUAGCUGUAGCAAAUGCAGAUUUUCAGGUGAAAAUAUUUUUGUUGUUUUGAGGUGUUUUUUUUUUCCAGAUUGUGUAUUUUUUUUGCCAGCCUAGCAGCGUUAAACAUUUUGUGCUGCGCUAAAGGUUUGCAUGAUGUUUCCUGGAUAAAGACACAGUUCCGGCCUUGAAGAGCUUGUGAUCUAAAUGUCAGUGAUAAAGAAAAUGAGGAGAAUGGUUUCAGAAAAGGGGACAAGGAUUCAAAUGGCUGGAAGUCAUAGCACGUAACUUAAACAAGUUGUAAUUUCUAAGAACAGCGUAAGGUACCAGCACAGAAAAGGGUGAGAAUAUAGAGGCAGAAGACAGCAUAAAGCAAAUCCAAAUAGUAUAAAGAUCUGAAGGAAUAGAGGGAAAAUAUGUUACUGAGCAGGAUUUGGAAAAUGUAACAUCAGAAGAGUAGGCAGAAUCAAGAUGAACAGGAAUGGGGAUGUGGUAGGAAACGGAGACAGGAAAAACAUAGAAGAAACUUCUAAAUUAUGGCUUUUAUAAAAAGAAAAAAAAAGGAAGGAGACAGGAAAAGGGUUGGGGAAUGUGCUGGUUUGAUCGGUUUGGCAGGAAAGCUGGGACACACAUCCUAGUGCUAAGACUUUCCCUUACCCCCUGCCCCACCCUGACAUUUAGCUGUCGAUUUCAGUUGCUUUUAAAGGGAGUGGUGGAACAACAGCAGUGGGCCUGAAAACUCAGGCAUGUGUGUUCUCCUGACGCUGUCUCCCAUUCCAUGCAGGUUUUGUGUGAGCUGGUGGACUUCUGCAUGAGUUUCAGCACCACUGAGGUGGGGUUGUAGAAGCAGCUGGCAUCAGAGAACACUGUGCCAAAAAAGACUUUUGCUCAGAUGACAUCAUACUUGGACUACUAAAGCUAUCCACCCACUCUUCAAGGCAUAAUGGAUUUCUAGGUAAUUUAACAAAUGCAGUGUGAAGCCCAUUCCUUCAUUUGCAAAAACCUCUGGAAAGUUAUUUGGAUGAUAUAUAUUGAAUGUUGGUGAAAUUAGUUCAUAAUUUAAUGCUUUUCUGUAAAAGAGGAUACUCCACAUUGUUCUUGAGAAGAACCAGCGUUUCAUCCCUAAACCAUACACUUUAACAAGUCCCAAAGUAUAAAAGUUUCCCUUUCUGUCAAAAAACUGAGAUUAGCUCUUCCUGGAACAUUUUGUUGACUGAUUGGAUCAUGAAGUAGCAGCUGCCAUAUUUCUUGAGGUAUUACCACUGCUCUGCUGGAUUUGGCACUUUCAGAAACAAGUAAAUCCUUCCUUCUCAGAAACUGCAAACGUACAAAUGUCUACCACAAGACUAAAGUGUGCUAUGUUAUGUUUUUUACCAUAAGCACCCAUAAAAUGAGCUCCAUUGCAGACAGAAAUGAUGGAAGCAUUUUUGAUGGUCUGGUGGAAGAAGAUGACAAAGAUAAAGCAAAAAGAGUGUCUAGAAACAAGUCUGAAAAGAAACGUCGAGAUCAGUUUAAUGUUCUUAUCAAAGAGCUGGGUUCCAUGCUUCCAGGUAAUGCUCGGAAGAUGGAUAAAUCCACUGUACUCCAGAAGAGCAUUGACUUUUUACGGAAGCACAAAGAAAUUACUGCACAAUCAGAUGCCAGUGAGAUUCGACAGGACUGGAAACCAACAUUCCUUAGUAAUGAAGAGUUCACACAGUUAAUGUUAGAGGCUCUUGAUGGUUUUUUUUUAGCAAUUAUGACAGAUGGAAACAUAAUAUAUGUGUCUGAAAGUGUAACUCCUUUACUUGAACAUUUGCCAUCUGAUCUUGUGGAUCAGAGCGUAUUUAAUUUUAUCCCAGAGGGGGAACAUUCAGAAAUUUAUAAAAUUCUGUCUUCUCAUCUGCUGGAAAGUGAUUCAUUGACACCGGAAUACUUAAAAUCAAAAAAUCAGCUAGAAUUCUGUUGCCAUAUGCUGCGAGGAACAAUAGACCCAAAAGAGCAACCUACAUAUGAAUAUGUAAAAUUUAUAGGAAAUUUCAAGUGUUUGAAUAAUGUUCCCAAUUCAGCACACAAUGGUUUUGAAGGAACCAUUCAGCGAUCGCACCGGCCUUCGUAUGAAGACAAAGUUUGCUUUAUAGCCACAGUUAGAUUAGCUACACCUCAAUUUAUCAAGGAAAUGUGCACUGUUGAAGAACCCAAUGAAGAGUUCACAUCUAGACAUAGCUUAGAAUGGAAGUUCCUAUUCUUGGAUCACAGGGCACCUCCAAUAAUAGGCUAUCUUCCAUUUGAAGUUUUGGGAACGUCAGGCUAUGAUUAUUAUCAUGUGGAUGAUCUAGAUAAUCUGGCAAAAUGUCAUGAGCAUUUAAUGCAAUAUGGGAAAGGGAAGUCAUGUUAUUACAGAUUCCUUACAAAGGGACAGCAAUGGAUUUGGCUGCAGACACAUUACUAUAUCACAUAUCACCAGUGGAAUUCCAGGCCAGAGUUUAUUGUAUGUACGCACACAGUUGUAAGUUAUGCAGAAGUCAGAGCAGAAAGGCGGCGAGAGCUUGGUAUUGAGGAGUCUCUUCCAGAGAUAAAAGCAGAUAAAAGUCAAGACUCUGGAUCUGAUAAUCACAUAAACACAGUGAGCCUCAAAGAAGCUCUGGAAAGAUUUGAUACCAGCCCCACACCUUCCGCUUCCUCCAGGAGUUCAAGAAAAUCUUCACACACUGCAGUAUCAGAUCAUUCGUCGACACCAACUAAAAUGACAGUGGACACUAGCACUCCCCCAAGACAAAGCUUAUCUGCUCAUGAAAAGUCUACACAAAGAAGAUCAUCUCUGAGUAGCCAGUCUUUAAGCUCCCAGUCUCUUGGACAACCAGUAACACAGCCAACGAUGUCUCAGCCUGCUACUUUACAGCUCCAGUCCAGCAUGUCCCAGCCUGUCUUUCAGUUUUCAGCUCAAUUAGGAGCUAUGCAGCACCUAAAGGACCAGCUGGAGCAGAGAACACGCAUGAUAGAGGCAAAUAUUCAUCGGCAGCAAGAAGAGUUGCGGAAAAUUCAAGAACAGCUUCAGAUUGUCCACGGUCAAGGACUUCAGAUGUUCUUGCAGCAGUCAGCUUCUGGACUAAACUUCAGUUCUGUGCAACUUACAUCUGGAAAUUCUUCAAGUGUUCAGCAACUUGCACCAGCAAACAUGCAAGGUCAGGUUGUUCAAACUAAUCAGACUCAAAGUGGGAUGAACACAGGACAUACAAGUACACCACAUAUGAUCCAGCAACAGCCUUUGCAGAGCUCUGCGUCACAGCAUAAUCAACAAAAUGUGCUUAGUGGGCACGGUCAACAAUCUUCUCUUGCCAGUCAGUCACAGAACACAGUCUCAACACCUCUGUAUAACACUAUGGUGAUUUCUCAGCCAACAACCGGCAAUGUGGUUCAGGUUCCUUCUAGCUUACCACAGAACAAUAACCAGAGUGCUGCUGCAGUAACUACUUUUACACAAGAUAGACAAAUCAGAUUUUCUCAAGGUCAGCAGCUUGUAACAAAACUUGUCACAGCCCCAGUAGCAUGUGGAGCGGUAAUGGUACCAAGUACUAUGUUUAUGGGACAGGUGGUGACAGCUUAUCCCACUUUUGCUGCCCAUCAGCAGCAGCCACAGACUUUGCCAGUAACACAGCAACAGCAGCAGCAGCAGCAGCAGCAGCAAAGUCAGCAAGACCAGCAGCAGCAGCAGCAGCUCACUGCAGUUCAACAACCAGCUCAGCCGCAGCUGACCCAGCACCCGCAACAGUUCCUACAGACAUCCAGGUUACUUCACGGGAAUCAGUCAGCUCAGCUUAUCCUCUCUGCUGCUUUCCCACUACAGCAAAGCACUUUUACUCAGUCCCACCACCAGCAGCACCAAUCGCAGCAGCAGCUCUCACGGCACAGAACUGACAAGAUGACGGAUCCUUCCAAAGCGCAGCCGCAGUAGCUGGGGGCUCUGCCUCUCCUGGAAGCCAGCUCCCAGGAGGGGGCUGCUCCAUAACCACUCGCACUGAAGUUGCAGAGGUAGCAGUACAAAGCCUUUCUAACGCUGCGGUGUUGAGACCUACAGCUAACUUCUGGAAUCUGUUGAGGAAAACCACCAGGUGAUGGCAGGGACGCGGCCAACUUUGAUCGUUGCCCCGGUUUCUGUGCUCUAAAAGGUUUGCUGCCAUGUGUCGAUUUGUCCAGGUGAAAUCAAAAAAUGUGACUGAAAUGAGAGGGAUGCUGAAAAUAUUGGUAUUUUUUAUCAGUUCUGUACAUUUUUAAAGUAUUAAAAUGGACACAGAGCAAUUGUUUGAUUUAGGAGAAAAAAUGCCAGGAAUAUAGUCCGACAAACAUCUAAUUUUUUCAGAUGAUUAUGGGACAGUAAAUAUUUUGAAAAUGUUGUGUGAAAUCCAGUUCUCUGUUGUACAGAUGCUGUAAAAUAUUGUGUAUAUGUCUGCAUAAAAGGAGAAAGAGCAAAAUAUUUUAUAUGAUGCAUGAAAUGUAAUCUGUUAUUUGUAGGUUUGAAUAUGUUCCCCUACAUUUUCACGCCAUACUCAGACUGACGUUUUCCUUUGUUCUGCCCCUUUGUUUACAACAUGCUGCAUCGUUACUUUCACCCUCAGUGUGGGCACAAGUCUCUCGUUUGUGCUUCGUGAUGUCACAGUCUGCUCUGUGAGGUAUGGUGUGUUGGUUCGUUGACUUCUCGAGGUUAAAUUAUGGAUGAAGCCGUUUGAACUGGUGGUCGUGCAUCAGGGUUCAGGGUGUUCAGAUUCAUGAGUAUCAUCCAUCGUUUCAUACCUAAUUCAUUUUAUUUGAAAAAAAAAAAAAAACAAAAAAUAGGAAUUUGCACUGCUUCCUUGCGGAUGGUUUGGAAUUUUAUUCCCCAAAGCUAUCUUUUGAUAUAGUUCAUAGUUGGAAAUAUUUAUGUAAAAUGUUAAAAAAAAAAAAGAAAAAAGAAAAAAAAAAAAGAUGGUAAUUUUCAAGAAUGUUUCAGUUAUAGGAGUAAUUUGCACAAAAAAUAUAUUUACAUUUAAUAACCUUUUGGGCACUUUUUAACCACUUUCUCUGUGGUGAGAAUUGUAACUUGUUAAAAUAUGUUGGAAUCUUUUUAUUCUCAUUCAAAAAUUAGAUCUUUCUUUAGUCAGAACUAAUUCAGGGUCAUUUUAACAACGACAGAAAAACCCAUAGUGCCUUGAUUUUAAUUCAGGUGAUAAUGUUGAACAUCUUGACUUGCAGUGUCUCGAAUCUGUAACCAUUCUCGAUUUUGAAGUCUUAGUACAUUGUCAGCCAAACUCGUGUAUCUACUUCAUAGCUGUUUCUGCAUCGUGAUCAUCUCAAUAACGAUCUGAGUUGAGAACGUGAGCGUUUUUGAGUGCUGCUCCCCCUCAAACACUAAGUCAGAAACUGAGGAGUCUCUGCAAUCUCAGACCUUGUAGGUAUUGUUCUUGAAGAUGUAAAAACAGAGAGUGCUCCUUCAGUGGGAGCAGGGAGGGUAACCUGAUCUGAAAUAGAGUCAAAAAUCAUUUUUGUAGUGUUUAGAGUAUGCCUUGGGGGAGACCACAGUCGAUUUAGGAGAUAUCACUGAACUAAGACUUCAGAAGGCAACUUCACUUUAUAAAGAAAAUAAAAAGUUCCAACAGAUACGAUGUGCUAUUUUAGGUAGGGUUUUAUGGUACUAGUUUGUGAAAACCACAACUUUAGAGGAAAAUAAAUAAACACAGAUAGAUCUGAGAAUUAAAAUAAAACAGCAAAAGCAGUUAAAAUUAGUAGUAGGGAGAGAAAGCUGGAUUAAUCUUGAAUACUGAGGAGGAGUUGAAUGAAUGUAACCAAAUGGUGAUGGACUGUUUUGUUCUCUGGAACAGUUUGAUUGUAUUACUGGGUGAGCCAAACCCACAGGAGGGUGGCACCAGUUCAGCGAGCGCCCCAUGCCAUCGAUGGCAUUUUGGGGCUGGCCUUGGCCUCUCCAGGUGUCCCACCAUUGCAUCUUUGUUGUUCCCCACUUACAAAGCAAGAGUUUGGUACCAAAAAGCACAGUUGUGAACAAGGAAGGAGUGUGAGAAAUACAGUACCAAAGAGAGUUAGAUUGCGCUCUGCUCCAGGAGGCCUCUCGCAGCAAGGAGCAGGUGCCAGUGCCAGACAUUGCAAGGACAAAUUCCAUUUCUCUAAAAGGAUUUCUGCCAUUCUCUGAGCUGGGAUAAGGGUCAGAAGCCCACUGCUGUAGAGCUCUGUGUAACAAAGUUUGCCUUGCUCUGCUCUGCUGCUGCAUCAUUCACCUGUUUCUAAAAUAAGCUGUGUUACCAGAGGUCUGCGCUGGCAGCACUGCUGCUUAAUGGAAGUAGGUUAGAGAAAAAAUGUUACCCGUUUACGGUGAUAACAGCACUAAAAAAGAAACCUGGGAGAGCUUUAAUAGUGCUGUUAGAACUAUGGAAUAGUGGUAAAAUAGGUUUAUUAAGCUAUUAUACUGAGAAUUACAAAAAAUAGAGAUAACAGCCAGCCAGUUAAUGAUGCAGCUUUUUAUAUGAAGCUCCAUUUAAACUUCUCUUCCCAUUCCCCCCCUCCCCGAUACUCUCUUGUGCUGCUAUAGGUCUGUUGGUAAAACGCUGAACUAGGUGAGAGAAAAUAGAUGACAGUGAUAGCAGGGCUGCUGAAAGAGAAUAAAGAAAUGUACGCUUUGAUCAAGAAGCUUUUUGUAACCUCGGAGAGAGCUCAUUCAAUUACGGAGCUACCAGCCAGUAGACAAAGCAUGGAAGGUGGGGAAAUUCACAGAAACUGGAAAAACACAGCAUCCAUUUGAAAUGUACUUACCGUGAAUCAGGCAGACUUUAUACAGAAGUACGUAGAACUUGUUCCGUGUUCAGUGCAAGGACGCAAAUGCUUUGUUUCACAGCUGCUGACUCAAAGGUGUGUAUUUCAGGUGUCUGCGGCUUCCCCCUUGCUGAAUCAGUUGCUGAGCUGCUCUUGAUUUUAGUGGGAAGAGGACCAGGCUGUCGCCUCUUUCUUAAUCAGCCUUUUGCUUCUGACUGACUUAUUUACUACAGUCAUAGAUUUUUUGCAACAUCCUAAUCAAUAGCAUGAUAAGGAAUGCUGCGAUGCUGCAGGGUCUGGGGUGCAGACGUCACAGAAUGACUCUGACAGAAGGGAAGGAAUCUGUUAAGGAGAGGGUUGUAUUUGUGAAGGCGCAGUCUGGUGGUAUGGAACGGCGUGAAACAGUUGCAUGGAGUUUAGAAGACAGACAUUGUUUGCCAGCGAUGGGUGAGGAUUUGAAGAAAAGCUUCUAGGAAAAUUACAGAGAAAAAGAAUAUAUAGCUAUUUUUAUAUUAUAUUUAAUAUAUAUUUGUAUAUAAAUAUGAAAAGAUUCUAGUAGGAGCUCUCCAUAUGCCUUCCAUUUCAUCUAGAAGAUUUACCUUCUGCACUAUGGUUCCGGUGUGUCGCCACUUGUGUGGGCAUCCUGCCUGCUGCCAAACACCAAAAUCAGUAACCCAGUAUCCUUACAACAGGUAGGUUUCAUUUCAGCUUUAUGUAAAAAAUUAAUUAAAAGAAAGCUAUAUCAGACAGUUUUUCAUGGAAAAAGAAAUUCUCUUUAAGAUUCAAAUAGCACUUUCUAUCUUUUAUUUUAUUUUUAUUUUUUGGAGUAAUAAGAAGCACUUUACUGAAAAGACUAUUUGAAAACCAGUUUAUUUCUUUAGUCAGUGAAACUGUUGGGGGGGGGCAUCAAGGAAUGAUGUGUAAAACUGUCAAACAUUUCUGGAAAAUGUUUCUUUAAUACAGUGAUCCUUUGAGGCUCAAAGUGCAAGAUGAAAAAGGCUUCUAGAACUGAUUGGCUUCAUUGGUUUUACAUGGCGUGGGGAAAGGUUGAACGAUUAUGGCUUCGUAGGGAGGAGACCUUUUAUGUUGCACAGUUGCCUAUGAGAGGCUCAUGUGGAGGCCCACCUACCUGCUCAGUAAUUCUAAGUGUCCCUUAGGAUUAUAACGUGUGUGACAGUGUACCGCAGGGUUAAAGAUGUGGCCUUUGGCAGAUGUUGAAAUCAAUUCAAAAACCACGCAUACGUUCACAGAAUUUAACCCGGGUAUUGUGACGAGUUGCAGAUGUCACGGCGUCAGGAGACGUCGGACGUCGCAGUCAUGAAUUUCUCUAUUUGAAAUCGUUAUUAAAAUCAGAUGUGCAGUCAGAGGACUGGAAAAAAAAUGGUUAUUUUGAUUAAAAGGAGAGAGACUAGUUUUAAUAAUUUUUAUUUUUUUACUUAUCCCUGGUGGAAAAAGUUGAAGAGUUAAAUGAAUUUGGAUUAAAAAAGACGUAUUUAAGCCAAUUAGAGUAGGUGAGACAACUGUGAGCGAACAUUUGAAAUUGUGGUUGUCCCGAGACUGGAUGGUUGCUUUGUCAAUAUCACAAUUUGUAACACUACAUUCCUUGUCUUUUUUUUUUUUUAGCCAGGUGAUUUAAGCUCUGUUAUACUUCAUGCUGCGUCAUCUGCAUGAAUUGUGCCAGCAUGAUAUGCUCUACUCAAAGGAAUUGUACCUAAAUAAAAAGGAGGGAAAAAAAAACAAAAACACAAAACAAAACACUGUGUCUGAACAAAAUACUGUGUGGCCUAUACAGAGACCCUAGCUAUGACUGAGAGAUGCUGCAUUAACAGACAAUCAAUGGGUAAAUUAUUUAUGAAACACUUUUGGGAAUGGUCUUAAAGGUGUUACUGCUUUGAAAGCAGCUGGUGAGUCGUGUUUUCAAAGAAGGAAGGUAAAAACUAUUUAUUUUAAAAUACAUCGGAUUGAAUGUUGAGUUUUUAAGCAGUGUUGAUUUCACAGUGUCUCGGGUUCCAGUUUUGUUUUGUAUUUUUUGAACUGGCAUUAGCUUUGUAUUUGUUCACCAACAACUCCUAAUGCCGCUCAUAUUGAUGUCAGGAAAUGUAGAUACAGUUCCCUGGUGUUCGUGUGACCAUUACUAACUGUCAAUUUUUUUUUUAAUUGAAUAAAUGUAACGUUUAAAAUUUU